UGUUAGUCUGAGUGUUAAAGCAGGAGGCUGGCGGAGAUCGGGAAACCGUAAGAGGAGAUCCUUCUUGGAGUAAACAAGAGUGGGAAGCAAUUUCCAAACUUUUUCCACAUGUGUCUCAAAUGGGUCCUUCACUUCCUCCUCUUCCCCUUGGUGUUGCUCUUCAUGUCAGGACAGCACGGGGCGCUUGCGAUGCAGGUGUACACGUCGGGUCGCGUGCAGGCGGUAAACGGCACGGACGUCCGGUUGAAGUGCACAUUCCAGAGCACGCACCCAAUCAAAAGUAAAAGUCUCACCAUCUCCUGGACCUUCAGGCCGUUGCGGCACGGCACUGAGGAGACCGUAUUUUACUUUCACGAGAAGGAGUUUCCUCCGAGCGUGGGACGUUUCCAGGAAAAGGUGGAGUUCAAGGGAGACAUUUUUUCAAGUGAUGCCUCCAUCCUGGUCAGGGACGUGAUGUUCAGCUACAAUGGGACGUUCAGCUGCCAGGUGAAGAACCCGCCUGACGUCCAUGGGAACGUUGGAGAGGUCCAGCUACAGGUUGUCACUUCAGCUCCUUUCUCUGAGAUUGUUAUUCUUGCUGUGGGCAUCGGGGGCGCCGUACUGAUGGCUGUCUUCAUCUUGGCCAUCUGCGUGUCCAUACGCCGGUGUCGGAAACUGAAAAGGAUGGAACAAAAAAGGCUCCAAUUAGAACGUAAAGACCUUGUGGUGUGGUGAGAGACGGAGAGACGAAUGGGAUGGAGGAAAGAAAACGAAUGUAACGAUGGAGGAAAAAAAAGCACGUGAUAAGCAAAUCUGCACUUCCUGUCCAGCGCCCCUGUCUGGCUCGGAUGUACCGUAUGCACUCUUAUGGACGCUAAACGCAUUCUGCCUGGAAAAAACACCAUGUGUAUUUCCUAUAUAUUUUUCUAUAUACAACUUGCUGUAUACUCAUAUUAAUCUGAUAAUAUAAACCUCAUAAACUGCUGUUUUUUUUAAUAUUUUAUUUACUGUCUCAGCAAGCACACUUGACAUCUUUACAAGCUUAUAUGCACACUGUAUAGCUCGUUUUUAUACUAGCUACUUAAGCAAAGCAGAAACUGGAGUGAUGCAUCACAAAACGCAUUUAAGUUAAAGAAUAUGUUUUUUAAAUGUUCCAAUUCUAUUCAUUAAGCAAAUAUUCCUAGCAACCAAUAGGUUGGAAAUUCCUUGAGAAUUAACUUGAGAAAGGAUUUUUUUAACCUCUCAAAGUCAUAAUUAUGUUUUUGAUGUGAAUGAACCUUCAUUAAUAACGAAGUGAUAAUUAAAAUUGUCUUUAAAGAGCGA